CCCCUCACCGGACACAUUGAGCAGCCCGGAGCGGUGACCGCGGAGGAGAAGAAAGAAGACGAAGAAGCGACGGCGCCCACCCCGCCCCCCUCCCCCCUCUCUCGCGGGACGAGGUCCAUAUCUGACGCAUCCGCACCUUAAUUCGCUGGAAUCGCUCGGCUCCGGCGCGCCGGCUCGCGAGGAGUCCCCGCUAGUUCACGACUCGCGACGCGGCCGCACAAGCGACGUCACAUAAGGCGAGUAACGGGACAGCGAUGAGACGUUACGGCGUGGCGGCGCUCUAAUCGCAUGUGCUGGCUCGGGGCUCUGCGCUCGGAGAGGCGACGCGAACAGGCCGCGCGAGCGGAGUCCGUCCGUCGCAUUUAAGGGCGAUUUUAUUCGAGCGGCUAGUUUAGCGAGGAAGCCGCAUCCGAUGCUCGCGCUUUCGCUCUCGUGCGCUUUUGAAUUAGGGUUAGCUAGGCGGCUAACCGGGGUGCGCUGAUGAGCCGCUGUGCGUGUGUCUGUGUGCGUAGCGGAAUGAUGAUUAGAGGAAACCACCACCAGAGAGGCUCUAAUGGCUCAAAUUAAUUAUCAAACAUAUUUAAUAUUUUUGUUUUUGUUUUUUAAUACAGCCUUGUCGCUGGUAGGACCCGAUGGGCUCGUCUAUAAAUUAUAAAAAACUACCUUGCACGCGAGGAAUGAGGCCCACGUCUUAAUUUGGAAAACAAAGAAUUAGGCUACUGAAGAGCGUAAGCUGGUUAGAUAAGCUCGUUUUAGCAAUUUUAGUCGCGCUAGCAAGCUGGUUCGAGGAUUAGUGGUAGUAGCGUCUGGACCGCGCUGCUCCCCCCUGCCCCUCAAUUGGAGUAUUUUCUAUUUGUUUUUUUUCUCCGUUUUCGGGUCCCACGUUGCCUGUCCGCGUUCGUGCGCCGCGCCACAAUGAGCGGUCAAAGCGUGGACGCAGCAGCGCCGGCCGAAGUGGAGCCCAUGCCGGCGUACUUGGACCUCAUGAGCAGAGCCUCCACCGUGAUGCUGGGCGCGUGGAGAGACUGUGGCUCCUGCGGUCUGGAGCUCUCCAAACGGACUCUCCUGGAUAACGCGUACAUCACCUGGACCGAAAUCGCCCUGUUCCUCUUUAGCGCCUUUUUGUGGACGCAGGUCCGGCGGGGACUGACGGAGAGUCUGUUUCAGCCUCUAGCACAGUGGUGCAGGCUGCUGCCCAAAGAUGCUGCCAAGAUGCCGGAGAGUGCGUGGAAGCUGGUCUUCUACACCAUGUCGUGGUCAUACAGCACCUACCUGCUCUUCUUCACCUCCUACUCCUUUUUCCAUGACCCGCCGUCUGUCUUCUACAACUGGCAGAGCGGCAUGUCAGUGCCUGCAGACAUCGCCAUAGCCUACCUGAUCCAGGGCAGCUUCUACGGUCACUCCAUCUACGCUACAGUCUACAUGGACGCGUGGAGGAAGGACUCGGCCGUAAUGGUGGUGCACCACAUCAUCACGCUAGCACUCAUCAGCUUCUCCUACGCCUUCAGAUACCACAACGUGGGGAUCCUGGUGUUGUUCCUCCACGACAUCAACGACAUCCAGCUGGAGUUCACCAAGCUCAACAUCUACAUGAAGUCCCGAGGUGGAGGCUAUCACCUGCUCAACGACGUGCUGUCCAACAUGGGCUCCGUCAGCUUCAGCAUCACCUGGUUCUGGUUCCGUCUGUACUGGUUCCCUCUUAAAGUGCUGUACGCCACAUGUGUGUCCAGCCUUCAGUCCGUCCCCAACAUCCCCUUCUACUUCUUCUUCAACACGCUCCUCCUGGCUCUGCUGCUCAUGAACAUCUACUGGUUCUUGUUCAUUGUGGUUUUUGUAGUGAAAGUGCUAAAGAUGAAAGAGGUGAACGACGUCAGGGAGUACGAGGACGAGGACGGCAGCAAGGCGGCAUCCGGACUGCACAGAGAACCUCGGGCAGAAAACAGCGAUGGGGAUGCUGGACAUCACAUCUCUGCCCAGGGGAAGCCGGUGCAGAAUGGGGUCACCAAAGAGAAGCGCCUAUAACAGGCUCUCCGUCGCCACCACCUGGCACUGGGCUACAAGUGCAGGACCAGACGCCCUCGUUGGGCGGCUCACGUUUAAAAAAAAAAACAACGUGGCUGCAGGCGAGAGUGUCACGGAAAGAAAAAAGGGAGGAAAAUAGAAAGUGGGGUUGCAAUGGGUUUUUACUCUUUUUUCCAUUUGUCUUAGAACAUUUUAUUUCAUCACUGUCAUUUCGUUUUUGUUUUUAUUAGAGCGCUGUGAAUGUUAUUUCAGGUGACUUUUCUUUUGGUCUUAUUGUUGCAAACUUUAAAUUUUGAUAGAUUCCGUAGGAAGAGAAACCAGUUUGGAUUUUUGAGUUGGACUGUGAUUUUCUCGUACGGUAGUAGAGGGGCGUCCUGGCCGUGAGCAGCACUGCUGUGCCCAGACACGGAGCCUUUUAAAGGCCUGUCCGGGUUCUGUAGACAUUUUAGACCCAUAGUAACCUUUAGCGACCUGGUAAACAAGCAGUUGUGUGCUAGUUGUUUGACGAAUUCCUUGUCUCCUUUAAACCACCGCAGGAGAAACGGCAAAAAAAAGAAAAAUCAUGAUUCAAAAGGGAACCGUUGCGUUGUCAGCAUUCUCAGUAUCCUUUCCCACGGCUGCGAAGAGGCAUCUCUGGCACUACAAGCUGCCGUUUUACCACACGUAUUGAUUUUCAUAUCAUUGCACAAAUGAGUGGCGGUGACCACACAGCUCUGGCGUCCAUUAGUAUGAAUCGAAAAGCCACAUUGGUGUGUGUAGGAAUGUGUGUGUUAGGUGUUUCAGGAUGGAUGUAGCUGGAUCUUUAAAAUCCGUCACAACAUUUCACCUCUUAGUUUUUUUUUAGUUUUUUUUUUUACAUGUUAUCUUUAAAUGUUAUCUUGUACUGAUGAUCAAGAGGCAUUGAAAAUAUUUAAUUGUAGGGAAAAAGCGUUUUAUUCCUAUUAUUCUGUCUUUUCCUACGUGUGUUUGCAAAGCAUCUGUUGCUGCACUGACAUGAAGGCGUACAAGCUGGUUGCUGGUUUGAUGACAGCAAAUAGCUGAAAUUGAUUGACUGGGUUUCAGUAUCAUCCUCAUUACUUGAUUCGUUGAAAUAAUAUGGGUUUGAUUAACAUUUAUAACCAUUUUGCGUGUGUUGGCGGCUAUCGGGUUCGUAGACAAUUGGAACAAUAGCCCAGGACUUGUGUAAAGAUAAAGAUCAGUCGUAUGGAAAAAAUAAUAAUGUAUGCACACAUUGUGAUAUUCAGGAUUGCAUGACAUUGAAUGAUUUUGGAAAUAUGCUAUGAAUUUGUCCUCCAAGCAAUGAAGAAGAAAAAAAAUCCUCUAGCAAUGUAAUCAUAAUGUCUUUAUUAAUGUCUAAAAAUCAUGAUGAACUAUUUUUUUGAAGCAGCAGUAACCACUGAACACACAUAACGUUGGCUGACACGCACACACACACAAACCAGUGUGAGAUACAAUCUCCGUGGCAUUUAGACGUGUCCAUUUUAAGAUGUACUUCAGACACGCAUUAAAAGAUCAGAUUAUCUCGUUAUCUCUGGAAAUCCCGCUCAUCGGGAUAUCUGUAAUUCCAAAACAUUCAAAUUAGACUACAGCAAAAGGUGUUUUCCCUUCAAUCCAGGAGUUACUCUGGAUCCAACUCAUUUGUGUGUGUGUGUGUUAGUGGAAACAUCUGUUGCACCUGUAUAAAAAAGGGGAUAUUUCUAUUCUUCCUAUCUUCUCGAUCAACUUCAAGCUGUGUUUGGAUGAACAGCAUGCUUGUGCUGCUGGAGCGGGCCGCAGAUGUCGCGCUGCUUUAGUUUUAAUCUGUUUGUCUUCCACGAUCCCCAAAUCCGCACAUGAGGGGAGUUACAAAUAACUUUUAAUUUUAUAUCAAACUUUCACUUUUAUUGCUGUAUUUUAGAUUAUCAUCGUUGAUAUUUUGUUUUCUUUUUUGGAAUUGCUGCUGUCUUUUUUUCUCUGAGAACACUGUUGGUAUUCCAGUCUUGUUUUUUUCCUGCUGUAUACAAGUCGGAAAGUGUGUUUUUGUUCCUCUACAUUACAAACAUCCGGCUUUGGUCUCAACUCUC